AUGGGUAGCCUGUUGGCUCAAGAAAACGAGGAUAAGCUCGAGAUUGCCGUCUACUACCUAAGAAAGAGAAUGACAGGGUACGAAUUGAACUAUUCAACACCCGAGAAACCUAGAUUCUCUAAAUGGAUGAUGAUGAUCUCCGAAUACGACAUCACGUAUAUGGCUCAAAAAUCUGUUAAAGGAAGUGUUGUCGCGGACUUCCUAGCGGAUCAACCUAUCAUAGUCGAGCCUUCUUUCGAAAUCGACUUUCGUGAUGACUCCAUAAUGUCUAUCUCUUUAGACACAUGGAAGUUAAUGUUUGAUGGAGCCUCAUCCAAAUAUGGCUAUGGAAUUGGAAUUCUCUUAAUAGAUCCCCAGGGAACCUACAAUCCCAUCUCUAUUAAGUUAGAAUAUUCCGUAACCAACAAUGAAGCUGAGUACGAAGCAUGUCUCUCAGGUCUCAAAAUUGCAUACGAAAGAGGAGCAACUAAAUUAGACGUAGUUGGAAACUCUAAUCUGGUUAUAUCCCAGGUUAAUGGAACAUGGCAAGUACGAGGAGAAAAUCUCAAACCUUAUCACACUUGCCUACUCCGUUUUAUCGACAAGUUCGAUCAUGUGUCUUUUGUACAUGCCCUGAAAAGCCAAAAUCGCUUUGCUGAUGCUUUGGCCACACUAGCAGCUAUGAUCCAAAUUCCCGUUGGAAUUAAGGUCAAACCUCUGAAGAUCCGUCAGAAACGAAAAUUCGAUUUCGAAGUCGAAAUGGUAGCCUUCGUUCAAGUGCCCACCAAACCAUGGUUUGAUAUCCUUCAAAACUACAUUGUGUAUGGAGAAUAUCCGUCCCACUUCCGAGCUAAGGAACGAAGAGCCCUGCGCCAGUAUUCCACCAACUAUGCUUAG